UUUUAUCAAUGGGAAAAUGACCCUCUGAAAAGAAGUGUGAAAUCAUCAAAAAAGCCAUUGGAGGGGACACCUGAGAGUCAUGUGGCUGAGGUUUCACAAGAUCCCACCAUGCUUCCAAUCCAGAGGAGAAAUCUAGACCCACUCCCCCAAAAGUAUAGGCAUCAUAAGAAGGCCACAAGGACAAAAAGAAGGAGGAAGGAGAAAAUGGAGGCCAAGUGCCCCCCUGUUCCUCCAACACCUUCAACACCACCACAAAGUGAAGAAGAUGAGGCUGUAGACAAAAAGCCAACUCUACUCAGUGCCCAGGAAGAUAAUCCUGACCUUCUCCAUGAAGACAGAUUACAGUGUCUGCAGGAAGAGGGUUCCAGUGUGAUGCAUCAGGAAUGUCAGAUCGAGUCCUGAGAGCUCUCAGUGGCUCAGAAACCCAGGCCCUCUUCUCCUGCAGUGACAUCCUCAGCAUAACUACCACUCUGCUUUGGCAGUUUCCUAAGCUGUGUCUGUCAGACCUUCUCAAGGUCUAGAAGCAGAAGGCACCCAGAAGAAAGGGUAACAACCAGGCUGAGGCAGGAGGUGAUGCUGAGGUCCUGAGACCUGGCCAGGCAAAAUCAGAGUUGGGCCUCAGCAAAACGUGUAGCCACUUGAAAUUGAUAGAGCCUUCCUUUGUGUUUAGUUUUAUGGUUCUCUCUGUAUGUCAUUGUUCCUCUUAGUUGAGUUUUUGCCUGUCAAAGAGAUAGAAAACUGCUUUUAUGCUGAGAUCCUCAAGCCAAAACCCAUAGUAAAAGCAAAGCAAAACUUUGAGGCGUUCAACUUUUACUCAGUGGUAGAAUUACUUCCUACUUCCUUCCUAUUAGGUUGAAGGUGUGAUUCUCUCUGGAGAAAGUUGUUCCCAAAAUUCAUGUGUGUUUC